CUCCCCUUCUGAUGAAAAGAGAACAGAAGAAUGGACUACAGUCACCAAACCUCUCUAGUCCCGUGCGGACAAGAUAAAUACAUCUCCAAGAAUGAACUUCUCCUGCAUCUGAAGACCUACAAUUUGUACUACGAAGGCCAGAAUUUGCAGCUCCGACACCGAGAGGAGGAAGAUGAGUUCAUCGUGGAGGGGCUGCUGAACAUCUCCUGGGGGCUGCGUCGGCCCAUCCGUCUGCAGAUGCAGGAUGACAACGAGCGCAUUCGCCCUCCACCAUCCUCUUCCUCCUGGCACUCUGGCUGUAACUUGGGGGCUCAGGGCACCAUCCUGAAGCCCCUCACCAUGCCCAGCAUUCAGAUCUCAGAAGUGGAUGCCCCGCCCGAGAGUGAGCAGACACCGAGCCCCACAGACUCCAGGGGCCUCAAGCCCCUGCAGGAAGACACGCCACAGCUGAUGCGCACACGCAGUGAUGUUGGCGUGCGUCGCCGUGGCAACGUGAGGACACCCAGUGACCAGAGGCGAAUCAGACGCCACCGCUUCUCCAUCAAUGGCCAUUUCUACAACCACAAGACAUCGGUGUUCACGCCAGCCUACGGCUCGGUCACCAACGUCCGCAUCAACAGCACCAUGACCACCCCACAGGUCCUGAAGCUGCUGCUCAACAAAUUCAAGAUCGAGAAUUCCGCAGAGGAGUUUGCUUUGUAUGUGGUCCAUACCAGCGGUGAGAAACAGAAGCUGAAGAACACCGAUUACCCUCUGGUUGCCCGAAUCCUCCAGGGACCGUGUGAGCAAGUCUCCAAAGUGUUUCUUAUGGAGAAGGACCAGGUGGAGGAAGUCACCUACGACGUGAGUCCCCUUUCUGUUGGGCAGUCUCUCCUCAGGAGAGCAGAGAUUUGGUUGGGUUACCUGCAACUGGGGUACAGCUUGACUUUCUGGCCAAGGACCAUGUCCCAUUUUGUUGCCAUUCCUCAAUAA